AAGGACCUCUCCCCCGACCCGGAGUUGGCAAACCACUAAAUAAUGAAAAUGUAAAUUAAAUCAAUGAUUAUGAUCGCACUGGAAUUAAGAACAGGAAAAAGUUUAAAAUGAAUCUGUAUGUGUGUCUGACAAAUGGAAAUUGUAUGUAAAUAGAUUAUUUCUUCUGGAAAAGGGGGCAGAAAUUAUAAAAUGUUUUUCUUCAUUCUGCUCCUUUUCGUUCGAUUUUGAUUUUUGUUAUGUAUAUCUUGUUGUUUAUAUGUUUUAUUUGUUUUUAUUUUGAAUGAAAUAAACAAAGAAAAAAAACGUCAUAUGUGUGCAGAUAUGAGUGCUAGAGAACUCUGCCUGUGCAGAACUCUAUGUGUGCAGAUCUAUGUGCUCCAGAAUGUUAUGUGUGCAGAACUCUGUGUGAAGAUAUAUGUGUUGUAGAACUCUAUGUGUGCAGAUCUAUGUGUUGUAGAACUCUAUGUGUGCAGAUCUAUGUGUUGCAGAACUCUAUGUGUGCAGAUCUAUGUGUUACAGAACUCUAUGUUUGCAGAUCUAUGUGUUACAGAACUCUGUGUGUGCAGAUAUAUGUGUUGCAGAACUCUAUGUGUGAAGAUCUAUGUGUUACAGAACUUUGUGUGUGCAGAUAUAUGUGUUACAGAACUCUUUGUGUGCAGAUCUAUGUGCUAGAGAACUCUAAUGCGUACGGAUCUAUGUGUUACAGAACUCUGUGUGUGCAGAUAUAUGUGCUAGAGAACUCUAUGCGUGCGGAUGUCCGGCUCUUGCACACUCCCCUUUCUCUGUGGACACACUGAACCGGAGCAGCAGAACUCCGUUCAUCAGGAUGAGGGUCUUUGUGAUCCUGCUGCUGUUCUGGCCCAGACGUGGCACCCAGCUGAUGUCCGGAUUCUAUGGAAGACUGGAGUCUCCGAACUUUCCCGACCCGUACCCGAGAGACACUGAGCGAUGCUGGAACAUAAGCGUUCCAGAUGGAUUUCGGAUCCAACUCUACUUCAGUCAUUUUGACCUGGAGCCAUCUUACCAGUGCCAGUACGACUCAGUCAAGGUGGAGGCAGACAGGGAGCUGUUAGCGUUGUUCUGUGGGAAGGAGGAAACCGACACGGAGACAGUGCCGGCUCAGCAGGUCAUCACGUCUCCCAGGACCUCCCUCAGCGUUCGAUUCACCUCCGAUUUCUCCGACGAGGAGCGAUACUCUGGUUUUCUGGCUCACUACAGCGCUGUAGAUGUGGACGAAUGCGACGAGCAGAGCCACAACAUCCAGUUCUGUGAUCAUUUCUGUCACAACUACAUUGGGGGAUACUACUGCUCCUGUCGCUAUGGUUACCUGCUGCAUGCCGACAACCACACCUGCAGAGUGGAAUGCAGCAGUGAUGUGUUCAGGGAACGCUCCGGCGUUCUCACCAGUGUGGAUUUCCCUGCUCCUUACCCCAAGAGCUCCGACUGCCUGUACCGCAUUGAGCUGGAGGAAGGUUUCAGACUCCGCCUCCAGUUUGACGCUCGUUUUGACGUGGAAGACCACCCAGACAUCAGCUGUCCCUAUGAUUACGUGAAGAUCGAAGCAGGAGGACGUGAAUUUGGUCCGUUCUGCGGAAAUCGGUCUCCAGGAAUCAUUCAGACUGACAGCAACGUGGUCGUAGUUCGAUUUCACAGCGACAACUCGGGAGAAAACCUCGGCUGGAGGCUCAACUACACUUCUAUAGGAAGUCAGUGUCCUGUCCUUCAGACUCCGCCCAAUGCUGUGGUGAGUCCUGUCCAAUCAGAAUACUCCUUUAAGGAUCACGUUGUGAUCAGCUGUGAACCUGGGCACCACCUGCUUAUGGACGGCCAGCUUUUGGACCAUUACCAGCUGCUGUGUGGGGCUGAUGGGUCGUGGAGCGGCCAUCUUCCUCGCUGUCAAAUGGUGGAUUGCGGGAUGCCCAGGAGUGUUAAAAUGGCGGAUUUGGUGUUCGGUAACCAUGACAACAGCACACGGUUAGGAGCGACCAUUCAUUAUGUGUGCAGAGAGGACGGAGUCCUGCUGAACAGUUCCUUCAGGUGUGGUCACACAGGUGAAUGGGUCGACGCUGAAGGAGAAACCAAGCUACCGAGCUGUCAGCCAGCUUGUGGACACCCAUCCCGCGCUCUUCCCACUCAGGUGAAGCGGGUCGUUGGCGGUCGGAUUGCCGAACCCGGUCUCUUUCCGUGGCAGGUCCUGCUCAGCGUGGACGACCUGUCUCGGGUUCCCGAGGACCGCUGGUUUGGCUCUGGGGCGCUGUUGUCUGAGUUCUGGGUCCUGACAGCUGCCCACGUGCUGCGUUCCCAGCGGAGGGACAGCACCGUCAUUCCGGUGGCUCCUGAGCACGUAAAGGUGUCAGUUGGCCUCCAGAGCCUCAGAGACAAACCUUUGUCUACCAACCACUCAGUGGACCAGAUCCUUCUCCAUCCGGAUUUCCACCCCACCAACUACAACAAUGACAUCGCCCUGCUGAGGCUGAGCCAGAAGGUGGUGUUUAACCAGCUGGUUCGUCCGGUCUGUCUGCCACAAACUGGUCAACAGGCUGAUCUGUCAUUCCUACUGCCUAACUCUCUGGGUCUGGUAGCAGGGUGGGGGAUCUCAAACCCCAAUGCUUCCUCCUCCGCCCUGACCUCUGACCUCGGAGUGACCUCUGACCUCCUGCAGUACGUGAAGCUGCCUGUGGUCUCUCAGGACGAGUGCCAGGCGAGCUACGCCUCACGCUCCAUCAGCUACAACAUCACAGACAACAUGUUCUGCGCUGGCUUUUUUCAAGGGGGGCGGGAUACCUGCUUGGGGGACAGCGGGGGGGCAUUUGUAAUGCAGGUGAGGCAGAGGUGGGUGGUGUUUGGGCUGGUGUCCUGGGGGGGUCCAGAAGAGUGUGGGAGUCAGAGGGUGUAUGGCGUCUACACCCGGGUGGAGAAAUACAUUGGGUGGAUAAAAAGCCACACCCACAUUUCCUCUUGGUGAGGAGCCUCUGAGGACAGCGCACCUGUCUGUCUUUACUUGUUUUUACCUUCGUGACGACCGGAGGCAGAAUUACGCUUGCUACUCUGUAUGAUUUACCUGUAAACAGGUGUGCCUACCUUCUGCCUCAGAAAUACUUUUAUAAUCUCUCCAUCGAUUAGGUUGAACUCAGACAUUCAGCGUGAAGUUGUGUGUUGUUAUGAUGAGUCAGCGUCUCA